UCUACAUUUCUCAGCGAAACAGAGAGUAGAAAGAACCGGCUCGGGUGUCUCGGGUGAGCAGCUGUUAUGUUUAAUCAUCACCUGUGAAAAGGGGGGUCGUGGUUGUAAGCGGCACGCGGGAAACAACGAACAUACCACGUGAUCAAAUGCGGAAAUUGCCCGAGCGAGAAAGUGUAGCCGGAGAAGAGCAAAAGAGGGGGAGUGGAGGCUGUGGUCUCCGUAUGUGUUCGGAGCUGCUGGCGGUUACUAGCUGGACCAGACAACACGUCCGCACACAGACGCUCGGUUAUCUGCACAGCUAGAUGUACGAGUGAUCUGCUGCCGUGAAUACAAGUCAGGCUCGUUCUGUUGUCACACUGCUGAGAUGACAAGGCUGUGACAGCGUGUGUCCAAGUGUGUCGGUACGGGACCAGUUCUUGUGAAAUGGCUGCAGCUAAGAAGAGUUGUGCGAAAGCAGGAGGCGUUCGGUUCUCAGAGCCCCCCGCUGUCGGUGCUCCAUCACAUGUUCACUUUGACGAAAAGCUGCAUGACUCCGUCGUCAUGGUGACUCUGGAGGAUGAUGGCAACUUCAUGGUCAAGGUUGGCUUCCUAAAGACGCAGCACCGGUAUGAAAUAGUGUUCACCUUGCCCGAGGUCCCCGCUCUGGGGAAGGAUGUAUGUCCAGCACCAGUACCCAGUCCACACCUCCGGAUCACUGAUAUCACACCAGCACCAGAGGGAGGUCUGAAGGUGACAUGCGAGUACAUGGCCCAGCAAGAGGGAGUUCUGUGUGAGGAGGUGCUGCUGCAGAGCGAGACCAACCAGGACCUCUGUGUUAAAGUCAAAGUACACGCCAGAGUCAUGGAUCGUCACCACGGUACACCCAUGCUGCUGGACGGAGUCCGCUGCAUCGGGGUGGAGUUGGAGUAUGACUCUGAACAGAGCGACUGGCAAGGAUUUGACUAAAGCUCCUGCUCCCCUUUCACCUAGAAAACACACACACACACACACACACACCUGCCAUCAUUGAAGUGUACCCCUUCCAAAUUAAACACUCACCGAACAGGAAAGUGUCACAAAUGAUUCAGUGUCACAUAAUGUACACACAGCGUUCAUUGUUGGAUUCAGAGGAAAUGGAUAUUUGCGUCCUGAGAACAUUAACAUACAAAAACAUUCCUUUGCUGCAACUUUCACAACAGCAUCUGUACAGUUUGUCACUUUCCUCCAAUUCUUGUUUGUCACCAUGUUGUAUUCUGUGGUUAAUCUGUGUUUUCCUUACUGAACCUCUAGAGGGCAGCAGCAGUCUUUGAAUCAGGGCAGCCUCCGAUCCCUUUUCACCGCCUCUUGUGUUCCAGUUUACUCUUUUCAUGAUGUGCAAACUGAAUCCCACAUGGAUUUAUAGGUGAGGG